AUGAGCACCAAUGAGCACGUACACUACUUCGGCCUCACGGGGCGUGGUCUCGUUAUCCUGCAGCUCGCCUUGAUUGUGGCGCCGUCCUUCAUCCUCUUCGGCUACAACCAGGCGGGCGUCGGUGGUCUCUUGACGGAGGAUGAUUGGGUCAAGACGUUUCCCGAGAUCGACACGGUGAACUCAGAGGGGGCCGAGAAAAGCGCGAAGUCGACGCUUCAAGGGUUCGUCGUCGCUACCUUUGUUAUUGGUGCCAUGAUUGGGUCGCUGUCGUGCAGCUACACUGGAGACAAGCUCGGGCGACAAAAUGUGAUUUUCAUUUCUGGAGUGUGCACGUUGAUAGGCGAGAUUCUCGAGGCCUCGGCUUUCGGACUGCCUCAGUUCAUCGUGGGACGAGUUAUUAUCGGUCUGGGCGUGGGCCAGCUGAGCUCCAUCGUACCGGUGUGGCUAUCCGAGACAUCUGGAGCCAAGAACAGAGGCCAGCAGGUCGUCUUGACCGGCGCCUUCUUGUGUCUGGGUUAUCUUCUUGAAGCCUGGAUCGACCUGGCCUUCUUCGAGUUCAAGACCGGUCCCGUCACUUGGCGCCCACCAAUCGCCAUUGCGACUAUCUUCUCGAUCAUCCUGAUGUCUACAAUCUACCUGCUGCCCGAGUCGCCCCGGUGGUUGGUUAUGAAGGGCCGCUCCGAUGAAGCACGAGCUGUCGUGUCGGCUUUCAGGGGCCUUCCCAUCGACUCAAUGGAGGUCACGGCUGAGGUCACUGGAAUCGAGCACUCACUCGAGGAGACCUGCGGCAACGCUGCGAAGUUGUCCGACUUGCUUACGAUGGGCGACGAGAAACUCGCCUACCGUUUUGGACUUUGCAUCCUACUUCAGUUCUACCAGCAGAUGUCUGGAAGCAACUUGAUCAGCACAUACGCCUCGAUCCUCUUCCAAAACAACCUGGGGAUGAGCAGUGAGCUUUCCAGAGUCCUCACUGGCGGUGCCCUCACGUGGAAGUUCCUGUCCGCUUUCAUUGCCUUCUUCACUAUUGACCGCUUUGGUCGCCGACCCCUAUUCAUGGUCUCCGGCGUCGGAAUGGCCGUCUGCAUGGCCAUGCUCGCCAUCACCACCUCAUUCCCCAAAGAGAACGAGGGCGCCAUGAUCGCCGCCGGUUGCUUCAUCUACCUGUACAACACCUUUGUCCCCAUCGGUUUUCUCGGUGCCAACUUCCUCUACUGUACCGAGGUCGCGCCUAUUCGUCUGCGCAUGGCCAUGUCGUCCAUCUCUACUUUUAACCAUUGGCUCUGGAACUUCGUCAUUGUCAUGGUGACCCCCGUCGCCAUCAACACGAUCGGCUGGAAGUACUACCUCGUCCCUGCCGUCAUAUCCGCCUGCAUACCUCUUUCCGUCUUCCUCUUCUUCCCAGAGACUAUGGGUCACAAUCUUGAAGAAUUGGAUCUCAUGUUCCGGGAGUCGCCGUCGGCGUGGGCCACCGUCCAGUUCGCCAAGAAACGGGCCAUCCCCACGACGCAGGAGUUUGCCUCUGGAAAGCAUGAAAAGGCCGAGGAGUUGGAGAUAAUCUGA